CAGUCACCGCUCGAGAUGUAUUUUGCUACUGAAUUUCCAAACGUCGGCUCGGUGAUAUUCUCAUCAUAUAAGCAUCAGAUUGCUCAACUGUGACAUAACAACCUGAUGGCACAAGUAUCGGCCUCCACUGUAAUGACAGUGCAGCAAGUAACUACAGCAAUCAACCCGCUCGCCAAAACCAAUGUCUGAAGAAGAGGACCUAAUCAGUUGAAAUAUCUAGCAGCUGAAAGGCUUCAGAGCCAGACACGCCUUGAUCAUAUUCUCGCAAUUGUCACCCAUAUCCUCUAGAUCAAUGCAGUAGUACUCAAAACCUUGAGAGAUGGGUACUAUGGGUUUCCGCAAAUCAUUUCCAGGCUCGACAGCAACUUCGAAACAUUGAUUACCGAAGAGGAGGCAAGCCUCGCCGACUGUGUCGAAGAUUUGUAUGAACCUCGCAUAAAGGGUCGGAUCAUGACAUAUCUAAAGACUUUGACACCACAUGAAAGACUGGCUUUCAUUAUCGACGAUCAGCCGUGCCAAUUCUAUCGCGAGGCGCUACGUGUCAAAGUCACCAAAAGCGCUACAUCGCGUGUAGCGGUUGCAACCGCGGAAAGCGAUCCCAAUUUAAAAAAGCCGGAAUUCUAUGACUGAUGUAAUACGAAACAACAAUACAUCGGACAGCUUGGCGUGGAGAUGAAAGAAAGUCGCUAUCAGCUUGCCGCAUUUCUGAAUGUUUUCAAAGCGCUUUUGAACCCGAGUCAAGCAGCCGCUAGACUGGCUCUUCUCUCACAGAAAGAAUUACAUGCCCUUCAAAUCAAGUUACAGGCGGUAGCAGACUAUUAUCCAGUUGCGUACUCUGCUGCCCAUGGUGCGUCCGGAUCAGAGCAACGUUUGUUGAACGCGGCGUCUGAGAGCUGGUGGGAGACAAGUACCGAGAGCAGAAAUGGCACACCUGGGCCAGGAACCACCGUUUUCACAGCGUAUCAAGCCUCCGAAAAUAUACGAUCGAGUCUCAAUUUCAUCGUCCCAAUAGUGUCGUUGGUCUCUGUAGUACCUGCCGUGCUUGCUUGGAAGUAUGGCAUCUUAGAAAACGUCACUUCCACAGACCCCAACUUCUACCAGGCAGUUUCCGGAAGCAUUUUGCAACUGCUGAGUCUCGUCACCUUCAUAUGGCCAACUUUAGGCCACCCUCGACUGUCCCGUCUGAAUUGGGUCUGGAUCCUGAUUCUGGCUGGCUUUAGCGUCUUGUGCGCGCUAAUAAGCCCUCUGCUUUAUUGGUUCUUUUCUACCAGCUGGAGUUUUGUUGUUUCUUUUGUUGGUGCGAUUCUCCAAGCCGUGAUCCAACUUCAAGUUGUUAACUCGAUCUGAUGGGUUGGGUUGGGUUUAGGUGGCCGCGAAGUCCCACGUAAUAGAUAAACUAGAAGCCGUUCGUCGUAUAACCGUACAACAGCUGUAUCCCGAAGACAUGCAGACCCUUGCUACCUUUGCGUGUGUAUGCACCAGCAAAUAUCUUCUCCUAACACGCACUCCGCUUGCCGUAGUCUAAAUUCAGAUCUUAGUAUUCUGUAUUAUGCCAGUUAGUCUCUAUUCUUAGCUAUGCUCGCUGUGUAAGACUAGCCUAACUAAUUCUUUAGACGCUAGCCUAUGCUAGUAAAUAGGUAGAGGUUAGGUUAAGGUUAGAGUCUAUACUAGUAACUAACGUAGGUGUAUACUUCGCGGAUUAGUAGGCUUUGCGAAAUACCUAUACUAAGACUCUACUAAAACUACCUCUACUUUAUAAUACUUUAUUAGCUAUACUAGAUAGAACUAUUAAAAGAGACUAAAAUAUAGAC